UUAAUUAAGGACUAAAUUUUGAUAUUUUGGGUAAAUAUAUGACAAAGCCAAGCACUUACAACCAAACCAAGCAUCUGGCGUGCAACCCAUAUUUUCUGAAACUCAAGUCGCUAAAGAAACAUGGCAGGCAUUGAUGCAGCCUCCGGCUACGACCGCAUGAAGGAGCUCAAGGAGUUCGAUGAGUCCAAGAUUGGCGUGAAGGGCCUCUCCGAUUCCGGCAUCACUUCCAUCCCUCGGUUCUUUGUCCACCCUCCUGAAGCUCUCUCCGACCUCAAAUCUUCUUCCACAUGCGCUAGCAUCCCCGUCAUCGACCUCUCCGGCGUAAACUCCGCCGCUCACCGCCGCAAAAUCGUCGAACAAGUGAAAGAGGCAGCCACAACAUGGGGCUUCUUCCAGGUGAUCAACCAUGGCGCUCCCGUGCCAGAACUGGAGGAGACCAUCAACGCCAUCAAAGCAUUUCACGAGCAACCCCACGAGGUGAAAAGCAAGUACUACAAGAGAGAUGAGGGGCAGGGCGUGAUGUACGCGAGCAACAACGACUUGUACCGAGCCAACGCGGCUGCGUGGCACGACUCAUUGCAGGCGUGGACGGCUCCAACGCCACCGAAAGCGGAGGAUAUACCGGAGGUUUGUAGGAAGGAGAUGGUAGCAUGGGAUAAGCUUGCAACCGAGGUGGCAGAGACUGUGAUGGAGUUGCUGUCACAAGGGUUGGGGUUGGAGGCUGGGAAGUUGAAGGAGUUAAAGUGCUCCAAUUCAAGGGCUUUUGUGGGUCAUUGUUAUCCGUACUGUCCUCAGCCAGAUCUGACAGUGGGGAUUACAUCGCAUACUGAUCCGGGCGUGGUGACGGUUCUGCUGCAGAACCACGUGCCUGGCUUGCAAGUGAAGCAUGGGGAUGAGUGGGUGAACGUAAAUCCUGUGCCUGGAGGUUUGAUUAUUAACGUUGGAGACUUUCUUCAGAUACUCUCAAAUGGAGAGUACAAAAGUGUACAACAUCGUGUGCUGGCUAAUUCCUAUAGAAAAGCACGAAUCUCUAUCGUCAUGUUUUUCAACAUAGAAAAAGGGAAAGACUGCUAUUAUGGACCUCUGCCGGAGUUGUUGUCACUGGAAAAGCCAGCUAUCUAUGGGAAAUUCACCAUGCAGGAAUAUUUAGAGAAUUUUUAUUGCAAAGGAUUGGAUAGUAAGAGUAUGAUCGAGAAAAUUACAAUACAAAAUUAGCAUAUAUAUAUAUCAUGGCAUUUUGUAUAAUAAAAGGGAUGGCCUCCAUCGAUCCCUAUUUAAUUAAUCAGCAUUGUUAAUAAUCAUGCUUAUUAGUAUAUGGAACUAAUGAAAGCACCCUAUGGGCCUAUGGGAUGUCUUUUUAUUUACUUAUU